AAGCAACAAAUGUGUGUUUUUAUCUCUGAGGUUUAAACUGAUGUUUUUACUUUGUUCUGACAACUCACAGCUGAUUCAUUAAACAGAAAACAGUGAACAAUCUGUAGCUGUAUAAAAUACAAACAGGAGUCCCAUCUAAAGAUCACAGAACAACUGUUCAUUAAACCCAGAAGGAUUUGUGGAUUUCAUUUCAAGAGAGUACCUCAACCUAUCAGUAUAAAAAAGAGGUUCAAAUUGAUCAUUGUCGUUUGACGUCACUCUAAUAUUCCUAACUGUUAGUUCCAUAUGGAUUGUUUCAUAAAUUCCCACUUCUCCCACUGCCCCUGAAGGCAUCCUCGUUCAACCGGCCAGUCCAUGUGUGCAGCAGUGCGCACGCGUCCUGCUGGCGGAAGAAGCCAUGUUAAAGUUGUGUUGACAACGUAUGUUAGUGUCUGUGUGUCCGUCGCGGUCCGGCUCGGUCUGGGUCACAGAGUCCGGCUCGCUUCGGUCUCAACAGCCGGGAAGAUGAGCUGCUGUCCGGACAUCUCCCGCAGAAACCCGCAGGACGACUUCCAGCUGAUCCAGCGCGUCGGCAGCGGGACGUACGGUGACGUCUACAAGGCGAGGAGUGUCAGCACUGGAGACCUGGCUGCCAUCAAAGUCAUCAAACUCGAGCCUGGUGAGGACUUUGCUGUGGUGCAGCAGGAGAUUCUCAUGAUGAAGGACUGUAAACACUCCAACAUUGUGACCUACUAUGGCAGCUACCUCCGCAGGGAGAAGUUGUGGAUCUGUAUGGAGUUCUGUGGAGGAGGAUCACUGCAGGACAUCUACCACAUAACUGGACCACUCACAGAGUCCCAGAUCGCUUAUGUUCUCCGGGAAACACUGCAGGGACUCUUCUACCUGCAUGGCAGAGGAAAAAUGCACAGAGACAUUAAAGGUGCGAACGUCCUGCUAACUGACAAUGGAUAUGUCAAACUAGCGGACUUUGGUGUGUCGGCUCAGAUCACCAUGACUCUUGCUAAGAGGAAAUCCUUCAUCGGGACUCCGUACUGGAUGGCACCAGAAGUGGCAGCGGUGGAGAGGAAGGGUGGAUACAACCAGCUGUGUGACAUCUGGGCAGUUGGUAUCACUGCGAUCGAGCUGGCAGAGCUGCAGCCGCCCAUGUUUGACCUCCACCCAAUGAGAGCUCUGCUACUCAUGACCAAAAGUAACUUUCAGCCACCCAAACUGAAAGACAAGGUAAAAUGGACUGGAAACUUCCAUCAGUUUGUAAAAUUCGCUCUGACCAAGAACCCCAAGAAACGACCUGCUGCUGACAAACUAUUGCAGCACCCGUUUGUCUCUCAGCCCCUCAGUCGGACUCUGGCAAUAGAGCUGCUGGAUAAAGUCAGUAACCCGGGCCAGACGUCCUACCAGGACCACCUGGAUGAUGACGAGAUUGACACAGAGGUCGUCUCUGUCCCUCAGAGGAUUCUGUCUGGAAACACCAGAGAAGGAAAAACUCUGUCUGAGAUCAAUUUUGAUCAGAUGAAAUUUGAUCCUCCCCUGAGAAAAGAGACUGAAGCUCAUCAUGAGGAAACAGACUCAGAUCGUUUCCUGGACUGUGAGGAGGAGCUGUACUUCACUGCAAGAUCCAACCUGGAGCUGCACAUGGAGAAUGAAGAUGCAGCAUCAUCAUCAGGAUCCAUCAGUGGAAACAGGUGUCUUGAGACUCACCUGGUCGAUGAGGCUGUAGGUGAAGGUGAAACAGAGGAUGAUGAUGUAUUUAAGGGAGGAUGGGAUGAAGAUGACCAAUCAGGGGUCUCUGAUGAUGCAGAUAGCCAUGACAACGAGGAUGGAGACGACAUGCAGCAUAUAAAAGACUCAACACUGCAACCUGAAGCUCCUCCCCCUCAGGACGGCACCCCGCUCCCUGACCAUGAUCACAAUGGCAACCAGGACCAGGGUACCAUAAAGUAUCAUCCUCUGUCAGAAAGCCCCGUCCACUCAGCCACCCACAGCCCGCCCAGGCCGCCACCCCCAAAACUGCACCCCAACAGACUCAGCAGUCUGGUGAAUGGCCCGUCCUCUUCUGAGCAGCAGUCUGCAGCGUCUCCUGCUGUCCACACUGGGAAACAUCUUCCUCCUCACCCAGUCAGCAAAGGACUCCCACCUACACCUAAAGUCCACAUGGGAGCUUGUUUUUCCAAAGUGUUUAAUGGCUGUCCUCUGAAGAUUCACUCUGCUGCCUCCUGGAUCAACCCUGACACCAGAGAUCAGAACCUGCUCUUUGGAGCUGAGGAGGGAAUUUACAGCCUCAACCUGAAUGAGCUGCAUGAGAACUGUAUGGAACAGCUGUUUCCUCGCAGGUCUACCUGGGUGUACGUGAUGAACAACACCCUGAUCUCCAUCUCAGGUAAAGCCUCGCAGCUGUACUGCCACAGUCUGGCCGGUCUGUUCGAUCAAGCUCGACACAAACAGAAGCUUACCGUCUCCAUCUCGACUCACCGUCUGCCUGACCGCAUCUUGCCACGGAAGUUUUCCAUCUCCAACAAGAUUCCCGACACUAAAGGCUGUCUGAAAUGCUGUGUAGUGAGAAACCCCAACACAGGUCAUAAGUACCUGGGUGGAAUCUUCCAAUCAGGUGUGGUCCUGCUGGAGUGGGUGGAGCCGAUGCAGAAAUUCAUGCUGGUCAAGAAUGUGGACUUCCAGCCUCCGUGUCCUCUGGAGGUUUUAGAGCUUCUGGUUGUCCCAGAGCAGCCGUACCCUCUGAUCUGUGUUGGCCUCAACAAAGGAACUGAACUCAACCAGCCCGUCAGCUUCCAGACCCUUGACCCCAACUCCUCCUGUCCCACCCCCCCUGACACAGAAAACCCUCAGAGUUGUGUGAUCCACAUCACUCAGCUAGAGAGAGACACUGUCCUGGUCUGUAUGGAUCGAUGUAUAAGGAUCGUGAACCUUCAGGGGAAGCUGAAGUCCAGCAGGAAGCUGUCAGCUGAGCUCAUCUUCAACUUCCAAAUCGAGGCGAUUGUGUGUCUACAGGACAGUGUUUUGGCUUUCUGGAGACACGGCAUGCAGGGGCGGAGCUUCAAAUCUAACAAGAUCACUCAAGAGAUUUGUGACAUCAGCAGGAUGUUCCGCCUGCUGGGCUCUGACAGGGUGGUGGUUCUGGAGAGCAGAGCGACAGAUAACCCGACUGAACACAGCAACCUGUACAUACUUGCUGGUCACGAAAACAGCUACUGACAGCAGGACUUCACCAGUUCAACCCAGGACCAAGCCAGUUCAACCCAGGACCAAGCCAGGACCAAACCAUGACCAAACCAGGGCCAAGCCAGAACCAGACUUGUAUCAAACCAUUUCAAAUUAAGCUCUAAAUCAGGAAUGCUCCAGUUACAAACCUGUUCUUGUAUAACUGUCAUCCAAAACCAGAUCCAGGUCCUGUACUGUACAUUAUUGGUCUCAUCACCAGUGUGUCCGCCAUUUUAGACCUCUUCAAUUAUCCCACAAUGCAACAGUAAAAAAAUUGUCACUAUACAAGUGCCACGUACCAUCACGCCUUGCAGUUGACCUGAAUAGUAUCUGAUACAAUGUGAGCAAGUUUAGAUCUCAGUAGUCGUCUCAAGCUGGACCACAGCAGGUCUGACCCAGAAACAUGAAGCAGAACCAGACUGAACCAUUGAGAUGACCCCUGAACAGAAAGAGUCCAACUGUCUGUCAAACUGAAACACUAAGUCAGCGGGUCAGAAUUAUAAGUAGACUAUUAUAUUGUAGUUGUUACUGUACUUGCAGAGUAGAACUGUAUGUGUGUUUGGGUCUGGGUUCUGAGAGGGCAGCAGGAACAACACAGACGAACACUUUCAACCGCUGAUCACUGCUGAAUGAAUGAAACACAAAUUUCAGCUGACGUGCAUUAAAAGACACAAACAACAACACAUUGGCAGACGUAACAACAAUCAUGAGACUCAAAGUAACGUCAUGGAUAUUCAAACAGGUUCUUGUCACUUUGUGUCACAGUUCUGUCACACAGUUUCGACAGUUACAUUAUGAAAGGUGUCUCCAGCAGUGAGUGAUCAGCUGUGUGCAGCUCCUCUCGUUGAGCAGGUGAACGCAGACCAGCGUUCAGACAAGAACACAGACGGACCAGGACACAUGAACAUGGUGAACACAUGAAUCAUGACGUUGAUGUGUGACAGUUGACAUGACUGAUAACAGCCUCAACACUCUGCUGGAGAAGGUGUUGAGAAGUUAAUAUUGCGUUCACAUUCAGUACUGGAAUAUGAGAAAAGUUCAGUUCUGACUUGGUCCCAGUUAGCGUGGUUGAUCAGAUAUCUGCGUGAUAACUCCCUGAACUCACAUAUUAGUUCAGCCUGCAGGUCCAAUCGAUCCUCAAAGGGUCUCCAGCAUCAGCCUGCUGUUGGGAGGUGUGUAACAUCCAUUGACUCCUGACAUCAGUGAUCACAGAGCUGUUGUACCUGAGCUCACCUGCAGGAGGCAGACCUGAUGUGAUGAAGGCAACUUCCAUGAGAAACCUGAUGUGGAGGUCACAUGUUCUGUUGGUCCGGUCAUCAUCAGUCUGUAUAUGAGGUUUAUUCUUAAUAAAAUCUUUUUUAUGUCCAGAUACUGUCAAAUUAAAAGUCUUUUUUACUCUGA